AGGUUCUGAGUGUAGCUGCGGGAGUGUGUGGCUGCUGCACGUGGGGCGCGGACCGAGGGUGAAGAAAAACAAGGGGGGCGGCAGCGGCGCGUGGCCAGCUCAGUGGUUCGUCCGCGCGUCUGCUGCACAGGGCCCGGUUCGGUUGGGUUUUGCGUGCAGAACAAAUCUAUGGUGCCUGUAGUGGCUAAGAUUCCCGCCGCUGCUGCCUCCCGGUGCUUCCCGGGGUGAUCUGUCACCAGGAGCAGUGUCGAAGACGCCGCUCACGGUGGGAACAUGAAUCUCCUACCUAAAAGCUCCAAGGAGUUUGGCUCUGCCGACUACUGGGAGAAGUUCUUCCAGCAGCGAGGGAAGACAGCUUUCGAGUGGUAUGGGACCUAUCUGGAGCUGUGCGAGGUGCUGCACAAAUACAUAAAGCCCAAGGAAAAGGUGCUUGUGAUCGGAUGUGGCAACUCAGAGCUCAGUGAACAACUCUAUGAUGUGGGCUAUCAGGAUAUCGUGAACAUCGACAUCAGCGAGGUUGUCAUCAAGCAGAUGAAGGAACGCAAUGGCAGCCGACGGCCCCACAUGAGUUUCCUGAAGAUGGACAUGACCCAGCUGGAGUUUCCUGACGCCACAUUCCAGGUGGUGUUGGACAAGGGCACGCUGGAUGCUGUCCUGACAGAUGAGGAGGAGGUGACCCUGCGUCAGGUGGACAGGAUGCUAGCUGAGGUUGGCCGUGUCCUGCAGGUGGGCGGUCGCUACCUCUGCAUCUCCCUGGCUCAGGCUCACAUCCUGAAGAAAGCAGUGGGCCACUUCUCUCGGGAGGGGUGGAUGGUGAGGGCACACCAAGUGGCCAGCAGCCAGGACCGGGUGUCUGAAGCCGAGCCCCGCUUCUCCCUGCCCGUCUUUGCCUUCGUCAUGACUAAGUUCAGGCCAGUCCCUGGCUCUGCCCUUCAGAUCUUUGAGCUGUGUACUCAGGAGCAGGGCAAGCCCGUAAGGCUGGAGAGUGCUGAUCAGCUGGCGGAGGCUGUGCGGGAGCGCCAGUACUAUGCUUGGCUGUGUAGUCAGCUGCGCCGCAAAGCCGGGCUGGGGAGUGUGUCCCUGGACUUGUGCAGUGGGGACACGGGGGAGCCACGCUACACCCUCCACGUGGUGGACAACCCCGCUGUGAAACCAUCGCGGGACAAUCAUUUUGCCAUUUUCAUCAUCCCCCAGGGUCGCGAGACCGAGUGGCUCUUUGGCAUGGAGGAGGGCCGGAAGCAGCUGGCAGCCAGUGCGGGCUUCAGGAGGUUGGUCACAGUGGCUCUCCACCGAGGCCAGCGGUAUGCUGGCAUGGAAAGCAUUCAAGCAGAGUUGUCAGCCAGAGUCAUGGAGCUGGCCCCGGCUGGGUUGCCUCCCCAGCAGCAGGUGCCCUUCCUGUCUGUGGGUGGGGACAUUGGGGUCCGGACUGUGCAGCACCAAGACCACAGUGCCUUGAGUGGUGACUAUGUUAUUGAGGAUGUGCAAGGGGAAGACAGAUGGUACUUUCGGCGGCUCAUCUUCCUCAGCAACAGGAACGUGGUGCAGUCGGAAGCCAGGCUGCUGAAGGAUACGUCUCACAGAGCCCAGAAGAAACGGAAAAAGGACAGGAAAAAACAGCGACCUGCUGAUACUUCUGAGGACUUCCCGCCUGCCCCAGGGCAGUCCAUCGAUAAGAGUUACCUGUGCUGUGAACACCAUAAAGCCAUGGUUGCUGGCCUUGCCCUGCUGAGAAACCCCGAGCUACUCUUAGAGACUCCACUGACAUUGCUGGUGGUGGGUCUGGGUGGAGGUAGCCUCCCUCUCUUCGUUCACGAUCAUUUCCCGAAGUCCCGCAUCGAUGCUGUUGAGAUUGACCCCACAAUGUUGGAAGUGGCCACUCAGUGGUUUGGCUUCUCACAGAGCGACCGGAUGAAGGUUCACAUUGCAGAUGGUCUUGACUACAUUACCAGCCUGGCAGGAGAAGCGCCGCCUCACUAUGAUGUGAUAAUGUUUGAUGUAGACAGUAAGGAUCCGACGCUGGGGAUGAGCUGUCCUCCCCCAGCAUUUGUGGACCAAGUUUUCCUGCAGAAGGUCAAAAGCAUCCUGUGUCACGACGGCGUCUUCAUCCUUAACCUCGUGUGUCGGGACGUGAGGUUAAAGGACUCAGUGCUGGCUGGACUCAAGGCAGCCUUCCCUCUCCUCUAUGUCCGGCGGAUUGAAGGCGAGGUGAAUGAAAUCCUGUUUUGUCAGCUGCAUCCAGAACAGAAACUUGCUACACCAGAGCUCCUGGAAAUGGCCCAGGUUUUGGAGCGGACCCUGCGGAAGCCUGGGCAGGGUUGGGAUGACACGUAUGUUCUGUCAGAUAUGCUGAAGACUGUGAAGAUUGUGUGAGCCCUGGGGCCAGGCAACUCAGCUUUCUGUCCAAACUGACUUGAACUCCUGGGCUGCUGGGAGCUAAAGCAUGACGCACAGGACUUUUAGACCUCAUGCUUUUGUUGGUCACAUAAUCAGCUACAUGCUUCCCACCUUUUGGGAUGGGAGGCAGCAUGGGGGUGAUGAUGAAAGCCGGGUGGUGGUAGCACAGGCCUUAAUCCCGGCACUUGAGAGGCAGAGGCAAAUGGAUCUUUAUAAGUUCAAGGCCAGUCUGAACUUACAAAGUGAGUUCAGGACAGCCAAGGCUACACAGAUAUUUAAUGUCUUCUCAAAGGUCAUAUGUUGAAAGCUGGCUCCCCAGCCCCCAUGGCUCCUUUGGAUGAUGGUAGAACUUGGGAGGAACUUUGUAGAAGGAAAUUGGGUCACUGGUGUGCCCUUGAAGGGCCCUUGGGACACUGGCCCGCCUCUUUGCCUUUUGGCUGCUGUCAAGUGAAGAACUCAUCCCCUCAUAUCUUCCCCUUCAUGAUGCCCUGCCUUACCACAGGCACAAGGACAGUGACUGGGUCUGGUCACUGCUAGCCUGGAACCUCCACACUAAGCCAAAUAAACUUUCUUUCUUGAAAGUUGGUUUAUCUCAAGUAUUUUUAUAGUAACUGAAAGAGGCAGUUUUCAGCUUCAUUUCCCACACAACGGACAUUUGUAUCACUGGGGACCCAUGCUCCCCAGCUGCUGGCCUUGUGCUCAGUCCCUCCUCUGAGUCCUCGGACACUCACUAGCUUUUGCAGAGGUUUUAUGUACACAGAGCCACUUCCUGUGUCCCAUCUUUCCCACUAAAGAAUGGUUUGGUGCUGGGUAUGGGGUGCCACACGCCUUUAGUCCCAGUGCUUGGGAGGCAGAGGCAGGUGGAUCUCCAUGAGUCUGAGGCCAGCCAAGGCACAGAGAAACGUUUGUCUCAACAAAUAAAACAAGAAUGAUUUGUUUUUGUAUUAAUGUCAGGCAAAUGACUAUGCAAAAUUUAAAGAACACGAUUCUUUACAUACACAUAUAAUGUUCUCAGAUUAUAUUUCCCCACCCCAUUAUUCUCUCAUCUUUCCUCUCAACAAACCCGUUUUUCCUACCAAAACUUUCUUCUUUUUUGGUAGGCCACUGCAUUUAAUUAGUGUUGCUUGUAUGACCAUGAGUGGAGUUUAUUUACUCAAGCAACAGCAACUUAGAGUGGGCACAGCCCUGUGGAGCCUUAUUUCUACCACCAACCCCACAAACAUUAACCAUACAGCUUCUUGGGAGGGGUGGGUCCUUGUGAGCCCUUCUUUGUAAGAGUUGUGCCUAACUUUGGGCAUAACAGGCACUGGGGAAGGAAAGUUGUGAACUUAAGACCACUAACAGAUUUUGAAGUGAUUUAGGCAUAACACAUGCUAAGGGAAACACCAUGCAGUGGCCCCUGUGGUUCUUGGAGCCCUGUAGAUCCACAGAAAGGUAUCCCUAGUGUGCCUAGGUUUUUAUGAUGAGUCCUAUAAUUCAGAAAUCGAAAGAUGGACCUCACUGGCUAAAACUGAGUUGUUAACAGAGUUGCAUACAGCAGUGCUGGAGACCGAAGAGCAGAGAGCCUCAUUCUGGUGACCACCUGCCUCGUUUUCUAACAUUUCCUAGCUUCUACAGGCCAACUGAACUAUAGGACUGUAUGGUAAUGUCUGAGUUCAUCUAAGCUCAGAGUAGCAUGCCACAAGCAGUCCUAGGAAGCUAAUCUGGGCUGGUUUAAAGGCCACUGAGGUUGAAGUCUACUCUGAUUGGACACACUCUGGGAACCAGGAACGAGUUGCUAUCAGUGGUCAGCAUUUUUACUGCCUGGUCGUAUGUCAACUUGACAUAAGCUAAGAGUCAUCAGAAAGGAGCCUUUGUUGAGGGAAUGCCUCAAUGAAAUUCAGCUGGAAAGCAUUUUCUCAAUUAGUGGUCAAUAGGGCCCAUUGUAGGUGGUGCCAUCCCUAGGUUGGUUGUCCUGGGUUCUAUAAGAAAGCAAGCCGAGCAAGCCAUUUCAAGCAAGCCAGUAAACACCCCUCCAUGUUAGCUUCUGCCUCCAAAUUCCUGCCCUGUUUGAGUUCCUGUCCUGACUUCCUUUGGUGAUGAACAGCAAUGUGGAAGUUUAAGCUGAAUAAACCCUUUUCUCCUCAA